AUGGAUUCCCUCGUCACAGAAGAGGAGGUGGCCACCCUGCUGGUGAGCCACCUGCAGUCCUGUGGGUAUGACCGGACAGCACAGGUUUUCCGCAGGGAGCUCAAGGAGCAGCAUGGCCUCAGUUUCCGAGGUAUCCCACCCGGGAUCAAGUCCCUGCAGGAGAUCCUCGCCGACUACGUUCAACUAAAGGAAAGGGAGAGCUUCCGCGCCCGCUUCCUUGCCAGCAACUCCCUUGCCCGCUCGCUGCAGGGCACCCUGGAUCGGCACGCCGGCCUGGGACCGACCCAUGCUGCGGGGCCCCCGCCGGCUUCUGUGGGACCCGCACCCCGAUCAGGGACCGUCAGGGACACGGACGCCGCGCCCCCAGAGCCGCGCGAGGAGCAGGUGGGCGGCGCAAGGGCGGUGCGGCGUCGACGGGGCGCGGCGCCGCCCAGGAAACGCCAGCGCCCGGCCGCCGAGGUGGCGGGGCGCGCGCUGGCGGAGCUCGGGGUGGGGCCGGAGAGCCUCAGCCUGUCCGACCUGCUGCGGGACGAGGGGCUGCAGGCGCGGCUGGGCGCGCACUUGGCCGAGCACAUCAACGCCGCCCCGGCCGAGCCGUGCUCGCCGCCGCUCUUCCCGCACCCUGGCGCCGAAUGCCCGGCCCCGCACGGUCUGUUGGCGGCCAGCGGGGGGCAGUACCCGGCGGGCUCGCCCCGCGCCCCAGACUCGACCAAUCCCCUGCACACCCUGCGCCUGCCCGACCCCAUCGCCACCAACGACUUCUGGGGCUCAGAGGUCAGCAAGAUGGGCCUCCCCACCGGCGACGGCAACACCUUCUUUACCAGCCUCUUCUCGGCCGUGUCGCGGGACGGCCUCGGCCCCGCGCAGCGGUGGGGGGGGCCGUGGCAGCCCACGGCGCUCCCCGGGGGGACCCUAGGGCGCCUGGCGCCCUCCUCGGAGCCGCAGGGCGCGGCGGCCGAGGAGGGCGUGGCCCUUGCUGCCUGGCCGUGCAUCACGCCGCGGCUGCGGGGCGGCGGAGCCUUCUCCCUGGCGCCGUCCCUGCUGCGGCCCCGGUCCGGCCACACGUCGGGCCAGCCCUCCCGGCCAGAGCCCCUGCCGCAACAAGGGCCCGCAUGGCCGCCGGUGAGCCUGCCAGGGCUUGAUGCCCUGGUGGAGGACUGCAUCGGCUACUGA